AUGCCACUCCCCCGUUCCAUAGUGAACGCGACGCCAUCCCUAGUGCAGGCUCCAGGGAGUUCUACGCCUCCAGGCUCCUCUCUGGGCCCUAUUUCCGUGGCUGCAUCCACCAAAGUCAACGCGACGCCAUCCCUGGUGCAGGCUCCAGGGAUUUCUACGCCUCCAGGCUCCUCUCUGGGCCCUAUUUGCGUGGCAGGAUCCACCAAAGUCAACGCGACGCCAUCCCUAGUGCAGGCUCCAGGUAGUUCUACGCCUCCAGGCUCAUCUCUGGGCCCUACUUGCGUGGCUGGAUCCACCAGAGUCAACGCGACGCCAGCCCUAGUGCAGGCUCCAGGGAGUUCUAUGCCUCCAGGCUCAUCUCUGGGCCCUAUUGCGUGGCUGGAUCCACCAAAGGAUUUUAACCAUGCCACUCCCCCGUUCCAUAGUGAACGCGACGCCAUCCCUAGUGCAGGCUCCAGGGAGUUCUACGCCUCCAGGCUCCUCUCUGGGCCCUAUUUCCGUGGCUGCAUCCACCAAAGUUCCAUAGAGAACGCGACGCCAUCCCUAGUGCAGGAUCCAGGGAGUUCGACGCCUACAGGCUUCUCUCUGGGCCCUAUUUGCGUGGCUGGAUCCCCCAAAGUCAACGCGACGCCAUCCCUGGUGCAGGCUCCAGGGAUUUCUACGCCUCCAGGCUCCUCUCUGGGCCCUAUUUGCGUGGCAGGAUCCACCAAAGUCAACGCGACGCCAUCCCUAGUGCAGGCUCCAGGUAGUUCUACGCCUCCAGGCUCAUCUCUGGGCCCUACUUGCGUGGCUGGAUCCACCAGAGUCAACGCGACGCCAGCCCUAGUGCAGGCUCCAGGGAGUUCUAUGCCUCCAGGCUCAUCUCUGGGCCCUAUUGCGUGGCUGGAUCCACCAAAGGAUUUUAACCAUGCCACUCCCCCGUUCCAUAGUGAACGCGACGCCAUCCCUAGUGCAGGCUCCAGGGAGUUCUACGCCUCCAGGCUCCUCUCUGGGCCCUAUUUCCGUGGCUGCAUCCACCAAAGUUCCAUAGAGAACGCGACGCCAUCCCUAGUGCAGGAUCCAGGGAGUUCGACGCCUACAGGCUUCUCUCUGGGCCCUAUUUGCGUGGCUGGAUCCCCCAAAGUCAACGCGACGCCAUCCCUGGUGCAGGCUCCAGGGAUUUCUACGCCUCCAGGCUCCUCUCUGGGCCCUAUUUGCGUGGCAGGAUCCACCAAAGUCAACGCGACGCCAUCCCUAGUGCAGGCUCCAGGUAGUUCUACGCCUCCAGGCUCAUCUCUGGGCCCUACUUGCGUGGCUGGAUCCACCAGAGUCAACGCGACGCCAGCCCUAGUGCAGGCUCCAGGGAGUUCUAUGCCUCCAGGCUCAUCUCUGGGCCCUAUUGCGUGGCUGGAUCCACCAAAGGUGAGCUUCUAA